AUCGGGGCUGGUGCCGGAGAGCGAUCUGUCUUGGUCAUCGAUCGCGGAGAUCAGCGAGUUCAGUCGAACUGUCGAUGACUGCGUGCUGGAAGGCGAUCGGCUCGACGUGUCGACCAGCACUUUGGCGGUGCCACCUUCGUGGCUGAUGGUCAGCAAGUUCUCCGGGCCCACCUUGAUCAAGAAUGCAGCUGAGGAGGCCGAGACUGGACCCAGAAUCUCGUCGAUCGCCGUUGACAGCCACCGGGACAACAUCCACCUGACCUGUGAGUCUUCGAUGUUCCACGCCGGUCG